AUGAAGAGCAGAAGAGGAUUCAAUCUGGUUAUGAGUGUUGUGAUCCUUUUCCUUCCGGUCGCGAUCGGUAUGAGCAGCGAGUCAUCUGAAUUCGAGUCGUUGGUUCGGUUUCUUAAAGCUGUUUAUCCUCGGAAUAUGUUGAAAUUAGGCCAUGAUGGAUCAAGACAGAAUCCCUGCUUGGACAAGUGGAGGGGUCUAAAAUGCAACUUACAAGCCAAUACCAUAGUUGGAAUUAUGCUUGAGAAAUCCAAUCUUGGCGGUGUAAUUGAUGCAGAUUCCUUGUGCAAGCUUCCGAAUCUGCGAGUUCUUAGCUUAGCCGAAAACCAAAUUCGAGGAACUAUUCCGAGCUCCAUGUUGGGCUGCAGAAAGCUGAGGUACUUAAAUCUUAGCAGCAAUCUCCUAAGUGGGAGGAUUCCAAGUGCUCUAAUCAAAAUGAAAAAUUUAAGGAAAUUGGACAUCUCCAAGAAUCAUUUUGAGGGUAUCAUUCCAAUUUCCGAAGACGAAUUCAAGCAUCUAAAUGUGUUAUCCAUGAAAGCAAGUGCAUUGGAAAGUAGUACUGUGGACCGGGAAGAGUCGACGGACCAAAAUAAUGCGACCCCAGGGAGCUCAAAGAAUAGCCAAUCUAAAAAGAUUUGGUCUCGGCAGUGGAUAAUCUGGAUACUACUAAUUCUUGGGAUCGUUUUUUGUCUGUUGAUCGUGUACUUUGUCGGGAAGAAGGCGUCGAAGCUGUCGAAGGAGAAGGCGAUUCUGAAGGCACUUCGAAACUCUCCGAGCAAAACGCCCCUAACCAAGGCACCAAAGGAAGUGAAGCCAGAGAAAAGGCUCUCAGAGCUUGUGUUCUUUGUUGAAAAGCAAGAGAGGUUUAAGUUAGAGGACCUUCUUGAGGCCACAGCUGACUUGAGAAGCCAGAGUUUAUGUAGCACUCUUUACAAGGUAGCACUCAAGAACAAUGCCAUUUAUGCAGUCAAAAGGUUGAAGAAAUUGGAAAUGCCAUUUGAGGAGUUUGACCAAAUAAUGAGACAGAUAAGUUAUGUGAAGCAUGAAAACAUUUUACCUCUUGUUGCUUACAGUCAUAAUCCUGAAGAGAAACUUCUCAUCUAUAAGUUUCAAAAUAAAGGGAGUCUACUAAACCUGCUUGAAGAUUAUAUUGAAAGUAAGAGGGAUUUCCAAUGGAAACUUAGGCUGUCCAUAGCAGAAGGAAUUGCAAAGGGUUUGAAGUUCAUAUAUGAGAAUCCAAAUGAUCAAGAGAUAAUCCCUCAUGGGAACCUCAAGCUUUCAAACAUUCUCUUGGAUGAAAAUGAUGAGCCACUAAUAAGUGAAUUUGGCUACACAAGGUUUCUAGACCCCAAGAGAAGUGGCUUCUGUGGCACCAAAGGCUACACACCACCUGAGAAGGGCUUGACAGAAAAGAGUGAUGUCUUCAGCUUCGGCGUGAUUCUCUUAGAGCUAUUGACCGGCAAAUCGGUGGAGAAAACCAGUAUAGACCUUCCUAAGUGGGUGAAUGCCAUGGUAAGGGAAGAGUGGACUGGUGAGGUCUUUGACAAGGAGUUGGCCAAAUCUGCAGCUCAGUGGGCCUUUCCUUUGCUGAAUAUCGCCCUCAAGUGUGUGUCAUACUUUCCCGAAAACCGUCCAACCGUGGUAGAGGUAUGGGAGAAGAUAGAAGAGGUCAUGGCUGCAGAACAAGACUAUUGCAUGACACCAUUGUCUUGUCAUAUAGAAUGUCGCCAAGAUUGUGUUCUACACAGCCUCAUACCUGAGACAUGGGACACUCCUGGAUCAAAUUAUUGA